AUGGUCUCCAAAGAGCCCAUGACGGCCGCCCAGCUGAACAUGCUCUUUGACACGCUGUAUGGGUUGUGCAAGGACCCCAAGCCUCAGCGCCCUACGGCAGCCAUAUACGAGCAAGUGCAUCAAUCUCUCAGCAGCACGCCAGAGUUUCAAGCGGGAUGCCCGGCAGUUCGCCGCUUGAUGAGCCAGGUCAAAUACCGCAAAUUCAUCUACGAUGCCGUCACCAAGCUACGUACCGAGAUACGAUACGACAUCGAGACCGGCACAACUUCACAAGCGUCAUUCGAGGCUGCUUGUGCUCGCGCAGGCGUAGUCAGAUCGAGCUUGGGAACGAUCAGAUUCGACGGCAUGGCGCCGAAAUGGCAAGCGAUCUGGGCCUCUCUCUCCGCUCUCGGUCACUUGCUCUCCACUCUGCACGAUCAGCAAGAGGUCGAGGACGAAGAAGUAUCAGUCGAUAGCUGCAUCAGCGAUGGAGCUUCCAUACUCUCCUCAGAGACACGCACACGCUCAUCCUCACCCACCUUGGUCGAUCUGUCCAUUUGCGAGCCCGUCACCUUCCCGCCUGCAACUCCGCCGCACCUCAAGUACGAUGCUAGUCAACCGCUACGUUCGAGGGUCACUCCAGGCCUUGGCGCUCUAGAGCAAUUCGGCUUUGUGGUCUCGCAUAUCACUCAGUGGACCGUCAUAGAUACAUGGCUUGCAUCAGACCGACUCAUCCGCCUCUUCGUCACUGCAUACCGAUCAGAGUCACUCGCCAAUGCCAUGCUCACCUUGCUUGACUUACAUGACCCCGACCUCAUCAUGACCUCGCUCGAAACGAUCCUCAGACUGGCAAACGAGGCGGAUUCGGUCCGCUGUUCGACAGAGACUCAUCCAUAA